ACGGAGUCACGGUGACGGCCCCAACUCAUAAGCAAAUUCCUUUAGAACCUGUGGAACCUCUCGUACGCAAAUUCACCACUCAUACGCAAAUUCCAAAGCUCGAAUUGCAGAAGCUCGUUCCAGGUUCUUGUUUUGCUCCUUAGAUUAAUCUACUUGUUUAGACGAUUUUUGUUGCGGAUUUUCGUGUGGAAUUGCGAUUUUUAAGAUCUACUUCAUGUGAUUAUUCAUGCGAUUGGUUUUAUGCGGUGGUUAUUGCUUGUUUCAUGAAUUCAACUUAUUUUUUCUUUAUCUCAUAGAUGUUAUUUCAUGUUUGUAGGGAUAAUUUACAUGUUAUAAACUUAUUAUUCGAAUUACUGGUAUAACUUCUUAAUUCAUGUUUGUUACAUGGAACUAAAUGAUAAGAAAAUUUAUGUCACAAUUUGUAGAUGCGCAUAUCUGUGUUCACUUGUUCUUGUUUAAUUUCACCAAAUCAAUUUUCCAAGUGUUGUGGCUGGAAAUCGGGGAUGAAUGACCUGUCAUCCCCGGGCCCAGGGCGGCCGGCCCUCCUGCCCUGGCUCAGGGACGGGCCUGUUUGGGGGAUGCUAAUUGCUAAGAACAAUUUCAGGAUAAAACCCUCUAAAACCCCCAAAAAGAGUAUGGGAAAGGUUAUAUAUCUAAAGUAAAUUGGUGCUCAAAUCCAUGUUCCUGGUGGCCGGUGGGCAUGAAACCUACUUGGCUUCCCUGUUUCAGCUCAAACUCCAUAUGUAGCCUCCUCUGUUUGCACCUCCGGCACAUGAGUCUCCAAGCUGAUUUGCAUCAACUCCCAACAGAAAGUAAUUUGUGUUGUGAUGUGCUUUACAACUGCAUUUUAUGACUUAUCCUUUCUUUCUACUAGUCCGAUGAUCAGAAGUUAUUGCCCUUAUUCUAGAAGGUAUCCAUAGAAAUUACGGAUAUGGUAAAUGAGAUCAUUUGUCGUUGGUACAUGGAAGAGAUGAUUAGAACGAGAGUGAAUACUUUAUAAAGAAAUUUACAAGUAUAUUUCUGUUACUUCCUGUUGCUGCUUUACUACAUAUCCUUUUCUUUGGGAGAAACAAAUAUAGUAUACUGUUUUGCAACAUGCUUAGAUGAGUAGAACUUAAAGAAGUUGAAAAGAGGUGUUAACAAUUGAAGGAGACACCCUUAUAGCUUCCUUCAUUGUUGCGUAGCUCAGGAUCUUACUAACAGAAGAGAAAGCGAGGUUCUAGUAAUUAAAUAGCAGAAUAAUAAGUUUAGUUGAUUCUAACUAUUGAGUCUGCUACGUGUCUUUACUCAGACAAGCUUAUAUCAUACACUAACUUACCAACUUAUUACAACAAACUCUAACUAGUUUGAUGACUAGGACAUCAAUUCGAGAAAACCUGUGAUAUUGUUGUAGGCUUGUAGCUGCUGGAAGAAGCUGAAAUGGUCCAGACCUUGCCUUGUGAGUGCAAUAACUUGCUGGGCUUGUUUGAUGGUCGAGUUGUUGACUGUCCAACAAGACGUAAAGAGAAGUUGGUUGUAGAUGGCCUUUGAAGCUAUUGUCAAAUUUUCAUGCUGGAAUGCUACUAAUCCUUGUGAAGCUUUGACCACCUUUAUAGUGCUUUCUGAAUCUUAAAUUCUUAACGUCCUCUUCUCAAGCGACGAUGUUAAUUACUCAAGCUCUUCUUUUGAUUUAAGAUGCAUGCUUAUCAUACAGGUUUUAUAAUUCAUCAGCUUGAUCUUAAGAUUGUGUUUUUGAUGGACAGGAAGAAUUUUGUAAUUGAAGCAAUAUUAGUCCCUGCCCUGACCUUGACCCCUGGUUCUGAAGAUUAUGCAGGUUACUGCCUCCUCAGAAUUGCAAAUCGGUUUUUUUUAACAUGCAAACGUACAUAUCCGUCGUUGUAUCGUGGGUUACCAAUUGCGUGCAUUAUUUUGGUUGAUCUAAAUGCAGUAUAGAAAUGGAAUUCAUAGAAAUUUAGAUCUUUUCGGGAGUAAUCAUCAUCGCCCCGUUGUAUACCUAUUGUUGCUGCAAAAUGAUUACUGGUAGAGAUGGUUUUUGUUGUCGCCACAAUAUUACCAUUGUCAUGAAUUUCUUUCAUUCCAUUGGCAAACCCACCAAACGCUUUCUCAGUUAUCGGUUCGUGAUGGAUGACCCGAAAAAUACUGUUGCAAGCUCUUUGUGUGAUUCUUUCCGGAAAGGUUUGAACUGGGACACUUUAAGCAGAAAAUAUAAUUCAGUGAAUUUGGACGAUCCUAUUAUUGAAAAAGUACUUCUUGAAUUCAAGGAACCCAUUGAGGCAAAACGAGCUUUGAGCUUUUUCCAUUGGAUUGCGCAUAGCAGUAAGCUUGGCCAUGGACUUAAGCAUUACUGCAUCACUAUCCAUAUCUUAGCGCGUGCACGUCUUGUAAAUGAUGCCCGCAGUUUGUUAGAAUCCAUUUUGAUGAGAGAUGGUGAGAAUGUGGUUGAUUGUUCUAUGAGAUAUUCAGUUGUUGAUAUGCUACUGAAUACUUACCAGAAAACCAACUCAUGUGCAUUUGUGUUUGACUUGUUAGUGCAAGCUUAUAGCAAGUUGAGGAUGUAUGGGGCUGCCUUUGAUGUUUGUUGUUACUUGGAUAAGCAUGGAUUUGCGUUGAGUCUCGUAACCUUCAACAAUUUGCUUCAUGUCAUACAGAAAUCACCAAAUAGCAACAAUCUGAUAUGGGAGGUCUAUGGCCAUAUGAUUCAGAAGAGAAUGUACCCAAAUAAUGUGACAGUCAGAAUAAUGACUAAUGCAUUGUGUAAGAGAGGUGAGCUGCAAAAAUUUGUGGACACAAUUCAUAGAAUUCAUGGCAAGGGAUGCUCUCCAUUAGUCAUUGUAAACACUAGUUUGGUUGUUAAGAUGUUAGAGAAGGGAAGCAUUGAGGAAGGACUUGUUCUGUUGAAGAGGAUGUUACAGAAAAACCUGAUUCUUGAUACUGUUUCUUACUCAUUGGUUGUUUAUGCUAGACUAAGAAGUGGAGAACUAAACUCUGCACAAGAAUUGUACAGACAAAUGUUGAGUAGUGGUUUUCUUCCCAACUCUUUUGUGUAUACUAUGUUCAUAAAAGGCUAUUGUGAGCAGGGGAUGGUUGAAGAGGCUCUUAACUUGAUGGAUGAAAUGGUAAACCUGGAUCUAAAGCCAUAUGACGAUACUUAUAAUUCUCUGAUAAUGGGUUGUUCUAAAGUAGGGGCCUUGGUGGACACUUUUCGACUUUGUGAAGAAAUGAGCGGAAAAGGUCUGCUCCCGAGCACUUCAGCUUUUAAUGAGAUGGUAGGAAAGCUAUGUCAAUCAGGCAAAAUGGAGAAGGCCAAUGAGAUGCUAACUAUUUUGAUGGAGAAAGGAUAUAAGCCUGAUAAAGCUACAUAUCUUCAUUUGAUUGAUGGAUAUGGAAGAGAGGGAAAUAUUCAGGAGGUUCUGAAAUUAUACUAUGAAAUUGAAUUCAGGCUACCAUCUCCUGGACUACCAAUUUUUACAUCAAUGAUCAGGAGUUUAUGUGAAUGUAAGAAACUGGAAGAAGCAGAUAAAUAUCUGGCAAUCAUGAACAGACAAUCAUUGGACCCAACUUUAUGCAUUUAUGAGUUACUGAUAUCUGCUCACCUUGAAAAUGGCAAUAAAGGAAGGGCUUAUCAUCUUUACAAUGAGGUGAUACAGAAAGGCCUAAGGCUGAAUCAUCCAAUAACCCCUAAUAUCUUUUCUGAAGAUCUCGAGUCCUGAAAGGUUGUUUCUUGGAGUACCAUAUGUUUCGCCAUAAUGGAGGAUGCUAUAGGAAGAAUCAUCAUCCCCAUUUGGCCAUUCCCUUCAUAUAUCUUCCUCCUUGUUUUCUCACAACUCCAUAUUGGCAGCAAAAGGCAUAGUUGACACUUUGAGUUCAUGUUCAGUUACAGAAGAUAUUCACAGGCUCAUCGGAGCGAAUAUGGAGAAUAUUGGAAUAUGAUGUAUGGAGUAUGAAGAUCACAGUUGAUGUUUGUAAUCUUAGAGUAAAAGCUCAUUGGUCCAGAAAAUGAAGUCUGCUAGAGAAAGGGUGGUGAUAGUAAUUUUGCUGUAGGUGCUCUGUUACUUGAUUUGGGGGAACAAUUAAGAUGUUGGAGGGAGGGGAUGUUCGGCAGUCACAUCAGUUGUAUAAAACUCUAUGUCGAAGAAAUGUCCAGAAAAAGGAGCCAACUUCUCACUGAAUCCUGGAAUCUUUCAGCAAUCCUCAGUUCCUCACUCCUCAGCACCAGAAAUUGCAAGUCGAAUAUAUUUAGUGAGGAGAGGCUGUCAAGACGUAUGCAUGAUUGUUCCUUGGACGCCCAAAGCUAAGCCUUCUCGUAUUUUGUUAUGGAUACUGGUGCUGAGAGGGAUAAAGCUCUGAUAUCUUCCUAUAGCAUAUUUGGAAAAAAAGAAAUAAAAAGGUUGAAAUCCAGAUUACUGUCACCCGCUGUUUAAUCUUUUGAUUUUCCCUUCUGUCAGUUAAAAAAUUUUGUUCUGUAUUUUUUGGUAUUUUUAGUUUUCCAUCCUUCACAUAAUCUUUUGGAACUUGCCUAUAUCAUUUAUAAAUUUUGGAGAGUUAUUGUUUUGA